AUGUGGAAAGCAGCAAAUGUUUCUUAUACAAGAUAUGCUUCAGAAAUGGCAGAAAUUUUAAGAAAGUGUUUAAAAGAUCCAUAUUCUGAUAUAGCUUUAGAAAGAAGUAAAAUGCAUUUAAAAGAAACUAUAUACAAAGACGGAAAGCCAAUUAGUCAAGAAUUACAUGAAGAAUUUCAAAAAGCAUUUAAAAACCUAUAUGGUAAAAAAGAGUAA